ACACCUACCGUUGUGGAAAAUUACUCGUCGGGUUUUCAUCCGUCUGCGGGAAAAUCAAGAAUAGAGAGGACGCCGAAUAAAUCAUGUCGUCGGCAAGAAACCCGCGGCUUAAAGCUUGUGCCGCUUGUACUAGAGCGAAGAGGCCCUGCUCUAAACGGCAACCCUGUUGCGACCGCUGCAGACGGAGAAACAUCCCGUGUAGAUAUCCUCCGCCUAACCUGACCGCUCGAGACUACGCAGAGGCGGACAGCGGGUCGGCAGCGACGGAAGUAAGCCUAACCCGCACCGGAGCGGCACUGCCGAUUCACGUAGUCUCAUUUGAAUCCUUCUACCCUAACACGAGCGAGGCGCAACCUGGAGAUCCCUUCCAUCCGUGUUGCACAGGGUUUCCGGAGAAUACGAAGACUCUUCCUCUGGGGCACGAUUGGUUCUACAGCUCCGACUCGUGGACAAUUUCACGCAGCAGCACCAUCCCGUCUCCUACUGAAGCUUUCGAUACUAGAGCCUUGAAGCAGCAUAUCACCACCGUCCAAUCAUGGCUGCGCCUCUGGGCAACGACGGGCAGGUCACCAUUUAUCCACCACCGCUUGUACAGCCAAAAAAUGCCUCGCUGUGUUCAAGACGCCUAUACGGCCUUGGCGGCGUAUCUCGCGCGCACUCCUGAGAACUCAGACCUCUGCUUCCAAAUCAUCCGAGAGCGAGCCCAAGAACUUGUCGAGCAAGCUCAGCGCAUGGUGCCCGCGCCUACGUCAGAGACAGGCUCGUCGGAACCGACGGGCGGAUCUAUGCCCCUAGAUCCUUUUGAUCACCUAGCCCGCGUGCACGCGCUUUUCGUUUAUCAGAUGAUUGGCCUCUUCGAUGGCGAUAUCGUGCUGAGGGUCGAGGCGGAAAGUCGCAUAUCGACACUUAUGUCCUGGGUAGCAGAGAUGUGGGAUAGCGCAGAGCUGGAUGCUAGCCUAUACUCGACAAUACUCGCUCUCGAACAGGACGUGAGCAGCAGCGAGGACACACCAGCUGUCGCCCCGGCAGAUGAAACAGCAGCCUGGCGGCGCUGGAUAUUGUCGGAGAGCAUCCGCCGCGCUUGGCUCGUAGUAACUAUUACGCAGUCUAUAUAUCAGCUAUUUAAGACAGGAUGGUCGCAGUGCUCCGGUAGCGUUAAUUGGACGCCCCGCGCAGGCAUCUGGGAUGCACCUGACCAGUACAGCUGGUGCAAACUAGUUACGAGCGGUUCAGGGCCUCUGUUCGUCCCGAGCCUGCGCGCUGACGUGUUAUAUAAGGAGGCAUCUCCUUCAGAAGUCGACGAGUUUGGGCACGCCGUGUUAAUCGCCCAGUUCGGAUCGGAGAGUAUGACGAAAUGGAAGGCCCAUGCCGCAUAGUAUUUAUUGAACAAGCUUAGAGAUACAAUGAAGGGACAAAGGUUGGAUAACCUAACGAGAUCGACGCGUAAAGGAUCUUGAGUAA